GCGCUGUGGUCUGUGCUUAGAAAUCAAAGAACGAAAGCUUACAGAAUUUGGUGGCGGCGAUGUCAAAUAAUAAUAUCUUGAGCUCCUUAGACAAUCAUCUCUUUUACACCUGCGUCAAUUCUCCUAAUUGAAGUACCUAUACCUCUCAUAAUUGUCCCAGAAGAUCACUUGCAGCUUCUUAUCUGUAGAGAUAGUUAAAUAUGUCUCGCCAUCAUCCGUAUGUACAAAAUCCCCUCGAUUAAAAGGCUACAAAAUACUAACCUACCUCUAGAGAUCUCGUAAUGUGCAGGAAGCAAUCGGGUAUUGCAAUCGGACGUCUUUGCGAUAAAUGCGAUGGCAAAUGUCCCGUAUGCGAUUCCUACGUUCGUCCUACAACUCUCGUACGUAUCUGCGAAGAGUGCAGUUUCGGAAACUAUCAAAACAAAUGUGUUGUAUGUGGAGGAGAAGGCAUUUCAGAUGCAUUCUAUUGCUUUGAAUGUACGAGAUUGGAGAAGGACCGUGAUGGAUGCCCAAAGAUUAUUAAUCUGGGUAGUAGUAGGACGGAUUUGUUCUAUCAGUAAGUUUUCCUAUCCAAAUGAUGUGGUCAAACAAAAUAUUAACAUUUUUUGUGUAGAAAAAAGAAUUUUCGGAAUCAUUAAUAAAGCCGUGGAUCGGGGGAUCUUGUAUUACCUAUGUAUUUUGCAUUAUGGUUUGGAGUUGGGGAUAUACGGUUCUG